CACUGAGGGCAACUCAGACUAGGCACAGGCAUAGGAAUCACUUGAUUCAACCCCGCACCACUUUUUACUUUACUCCAGCAGUCAUCUCCCGAAGAAAUUGGAUUUCACAUCAGCAGACAAGAAUUACCAAACUUACCAAAACUGUAAUCUGUUAGAAAUAGUGACUUUGCAGGAUUUUAGACUACAAGAGAAAAAAGUUUCAAUUUGCUUUGAAGGGACUAAGUCUCAUUUUUAGCCAAAUGAAUUGGCAUCAUUUUAUGUAGGAGAAGUAACAUUGGUAAAUAUUUAUUUCAGGAGUCAUGACUUGGAAAAACUUGGAAGUUUAUUAGCAGAGUAAAUGUUUUACACACAAGCCAGGAUCUGCGUGUACCUGUGGUUCCGGGUGCCUUCUGGGGACCAGUGUAGGUGACGGGCUGGGGGAAGGAAAUGCCCUAGCAAUUCUCCAGCCACAGCCAGACUGCUGGUACCAUGUCUACCACACAAAGGAAGGGCAGCAGCCACCUGUUCACCAGUCCGAGCACCUGUCACCUGCAGGAGGAUCAGCGACAGCAAGAAAAAUCUGUUAUUGCUGAACCAAUAUUUGUUUUUGAAAAGGGAGAAAGAACUUUCAAGAGACCUGCGGAAGACACCCCCUUUGAAGCAGCAGAACCUGACUGUAAUCGUUUUUCAAGAAAGCGUGUACGGUCUUCAUCUUUUACUCUGUGUACUGCAGACUCUCCGUCCCAGGGAGUGUCAACCUUGUCUAAGAAGCGCCUGAGAUCUUCGUCCUUCACUGACCUCCCAACCUUCCCCCCUUCUGGCCCAGUGAAGAAAAACAAUGUUUUUAUGACAUCAAGUCUUGUACAAAUGAAUGCUGACGUGAACAGUGCGGAACAAGGUCCCGUAAAGCAUUCUGAACAUGUUCUAAGACCUGCUACUUUACAGCCACCUCAUCAAGCUCAAAGCUGUGAAAAAAUAGGACAAACAUUUGAGCAAAAUGCCUCGGAAUCCUGCAAAAUUAAAGAAAAGAUGAAACAUAAGAUUUCUGAAGAGAAUCCUCAUUUAUUAAGUGAAAAUUUACCAAGUGCCAGAAUUUCAGUUCCGCUUUCGACUAACCAGCAAUUUUCAGGUUCAACAUCAGUAGGAUGUCAACCAAAUGGAAAAUUUUCUUUUAAAAGCUGCAGUUUAGAGUUUGUCUUCGGAGAAAACAUGGUGGAGAGAGUUUUGGGAACUCAAAAACGAACCCAGCCUCAACUGGAAAAUGAUUCAAAUGCCAACCAAAACACAUUCAAAUCCAUUCUGAAACUCCCUAUCAACUCUCCAAAUUCAAGAACAGACUCUAUUAACAAUGCAUCCCUAAUUGAAUCUGCUGCUGCUUUCUCUUCCCAACCAUCUCGAAAAUACUUGCUGGAGAAAAUCGACAUAAUUACAGGGGAGGAAGCAGAAUAUAAUGUGUUAAAGAUCAACUGCAAGCUUUUUAUAUUCAACAAAACAACUCAAUCCUGGAUUGAAAGGGGCAGAGGAACUUUGAGACUGAAUGACACAGCAAGCAGUGACUGUGGAACAUUACAGUCAAGACUAAUUAUGCGCAAUCAAGGCAGUCUGAGGCUGAUCCUCAACAGCAAACUCUGGGCUCAGAUGAAAGUUCAAAGAGCAAAUCGGAAAAAUUUGCGAAUAACGGCUACUAAUUUAGAAGACAAUAGCAUCAAAGUAUUUUUAAUUCAGGCUAGUGUCAAAGAUACAGGAUUUCUGUAUGCAGCCAUACAUCAUCGUCUUGUUGCACUUCGAAGCUUUGAUAAGCUUCAGAAAGAUGUCAAUCAAUCUGAAAGUCAGUCAGAAACAGUCCUUCAACAAUUAAGCUGUGAAAGCUGUGAUGAGGAAGAGGAUGAUUUCACCCAAGUUACUAAAAGUGGAUCAGAUCCUUCUAGGUGGACCAACAGACAGUCGGUUGCCUGUUCAUGAGUACUACCUACCAUAAAUAUGACAACAUCUAUAAAACAAUUGGUCAUCCUCCUGAAAAUACCAAACCAUCUUAAAUAAGAAGAUCCUAUUAAUUCCUUGAAGAGUUUUUACAGAAAAGUUUAAGAAAUAUAAUUUACUGCAAUUACAAAUUGUCUCUUAUGUUUUACAUUUUAUAUUUUGAUUAUUGUGGAGAAAAUGACAGAACUUAAGAAAUAAAUGGACUUCAGAAGUUCAAAAUUUUUGUCUUUGAGAAAGUUAAUUUAGACUAGGAUUGGAUAGCUAUUUUGGACUAUUCAUCACAUUGAUGGAUAUCAUAUUUAAAGUUGUAAAUUGUUAGAUUCGAUAAAUAACUAACUAAAAUAUUUAUUUUUUCAGACAUACAUUGUCUGGCCAUAAAACAAAUAUUUUACUAAAUUUCCAGUCUCAUUUCUUUAAAAAAUAUUAUAAUUGCAAAACAUUUCAUUAAAUCAUGUUUAUCGUCUGGGAAAUGUAUAUUUUCACUUGGCAUUUGGAUUCCUUAACAAUAUAAGCUUCUACAUUCAAGCAUGAAUUCCUUUGCAGAAAGUUUCUGUUCUCGAACUUGUAUCCAUUGCAUCUUGUAUAUGCUUGACUCAUGGUCAGCACAUGAUAGUUGUUGAAUGAAUGAACAAACUAUAAUAAGUUAUCUAUAUAUCAAAAAAGCAAGUAUACAAAAAGCCAAAAAAUUUUAACUUGUUCUUUGCUUUAUUUAUGUAAUUAAAUUGUCAUUAAUAUUCCAGUCGGUGUGGCGUAUUAAGACAUUUUUAAAAUGAAUGUACCACAUGUAGUCAAAUGAGUCUUUCUCCUAAAUUCCAUUAUUAUGGUAGACUACAGAAAUUCAAACAAUUGUGCAACAGGAUUUUGGUGCUUUUCUUUGGGAUUUGUUUCAGAGAUAGUUUAAGCACAUACAAAAAAUUAGUACUUAAGCUAUAUUUCAUUUUCAGUACAGUUUGAUUACCCUAGGGCUUUAAAAUUACUUUUGAUGAGGAUCCCUAAACAAUUCCACUAUUAGAGGACAAAGAUUCACAAGUACAAAAUGAUUUCUGAAAAUGUUUUGAAUGAUGACAAUAUAAUUGGAAUAAGGUUAUAACUUCACAAAGUUCUACAUUGAAGACCAACGUUCAUUUAGAAAUAUUCAUGUGAGAAGGAAAGUUGCAUUACUUUAUUACCUUUUAUAGUAAUAAAAGCAAUCUCUCUCUCUAUAUAUAAUCCAUCUAAUCAAUAUUAAAUUUAACCUUAGCUAAUGCCUGAAAGGUUAGCAUAUGAAAGUGGAAUUAACUACUUUAAAGACUAUGAUUUGGUUAAUAUGUUAAUUAUUUCAAGUUUUGCUCUUUACCAAGGACUAAGUAACUAUAACUUAGUAUAGCUACUCAGAGGUGUCAGUUCAUUCUUCCAUUCUUAGUGCAUAAAAUCCUUUACUUAAAAACAGUGGCUCAGAAAAUGAAAGUUAAUGUGGAAAGGAAAAAAGGAAAAGUAGGGAGAAGAAAAUAAAUCUUUGAAGAGAAGGAUAUAAAUAAUUGAAAACAGGUAUUUAGACUUUCUCUAGACCUCUAUCCUGCCUCCCCUCCCCACUCCAGAAGAGUGAUUCUGAUGUAGCAUAUACUCAGUGGAGUCUCACUAGAAACACAACAUAAACAGCGAGACAUUUGAAGAAGAUAUUGAAGUAUUGGUUCUCUUAUAAGAUCUUAGCUAUGCGGGGAUAUUGUGAUUACAGUAUAACUGUUAAAGUGAAGUACAGAACAGAAAUCUUCUUCAUCUUCCUGAUGUGAUCAUUUUUGUCCCUAUGCUAAUGUGGAUAUGAAGCAAUAUUUUAUAAAUACCCCAAACAUUUCAAUAUAAGUUUAAUUAAUUCUA